UAUUCUCAUCCACCUUAAGAAAAACACAAAAAGUAAUAAACCAAAGCAAAAGAAGAUGAAGCUCAACAUCAACUUCAUCACACUCUUCUCCAUAACCCUUGUCCUAUGCUUUGCAAUAUGCAUCGUGCACGCCUCAGACGCUGAAGAGCCUGAGUCCGCAUCGGAGGAACUGACUAACUCUACAGCGGACCAGGCAACGGCGGAAGCAGCAGAAUCGGAGGACUCGGCAUCGACAGACUCGGCAUCGACAGACUCAGCAUCGACAGACUCAGCAUCGGCGGAAACGUUGGCUGAACCGCCAACAGAGGAGGCGGAAUCGGCGGACCCUCCAUCCGAGGAAGCAACCACGGAAGCCCCUGCGGAGCAGGCAACAGAUACCCCUGCAGAGAAGGAAACGGAAUCCGCGGACCCACCAUCAGAGGAAGCGGAAUCGGCGAACGCGCCAUCAGAGGACCAGCCAUCAGAGGACUCGGUAGCCGCCGAGGCACCAUCAGAGGACCUGGAUUCCGCGGAUCCACCAUCGGAGGGCCAGGAACCAGAGGAGCUGGUAUCUGAGGACUUGUCAAUUGCCGACGCGCCAGCGGCCGAGUCACCAAACAGCGAGGAACAAGCACGUUUCGAGGAAGGCUUCUUCGGCGGCGGUGGCGGCGGGCAACUCAAGAAAGCAUUUUCCUCUUUCUUCGCCGAAAUCCGCAUGGGGUCAUUGCGCGGCAGCAAGACAAUUACAAUGCUGAACCACUUCAACCGCCACGACCGUGACUCUGUGAAGGAAAUCUGCUCCCGCACUGACUACCCCGACGAUUGCCUCUCCACCGUGGUGCCCUUCCUCGGCAACAAAUUCGACCUGAUGAGUGUCCUGGACGCCGCCAUCAAGGCCUGCUCCUUCCAGACGAACUACACCAUCUCCAUUGUCGAAAAACACAUGAAAUCCUCAUCGGAGAUGGCCACCGCCCUCGCUAACUGCAAGGAGCAGUACACCAACGCCCUCCAGAGCCUGCAGCAGGCCUUGACUGCCCUCACCUCUCACGACCUCGGCACCGUCACCGUCAUGCUGAGCUCCGUCAUGGCUGAUGUCUCCGCCUGCGAGAGCGGCUUCGAGGACCUCAAGUUGGCUAGGACUCGUGCUGAAGGCAUGGUCAGCGUAACCGUCAGCAACUGUCUCUCCAUUGCUUCCAUGAUCCCCUCUUAGAAAGAUUGAGGCUAGGGCAUUGGUACCUCUAUCAUAUAAAUAUAGAUUAUGGUAUUUUUUGUAAAAUAAAAGUUUAGUUGUCAAGCAUCAACUAAAAACAAACCAUUUUUGUUUUAUGGAAUGGAUGUAUGAGUUAUUCAUUCAUAUUUGUAAUGUGUUUUCAGA